AUGUGUCUUUCUCUCUUCUUCGCUGUCGAUAAAUUAAGGCACUAUAUACAAGCCUUUACGGUGCAUCUAGUUGCUAAGGCUGAUCCAAUGAAAUAUAUCUUAUCGAGGCCGAUCAUUUCGGGACGUCUGGCAAAAUGGGCUAUUUUGCUCCAACAGUACGAUAUUGUUUACGUACCGCAAAAGGCAAUGAAAGGGCAAGCAUUAGCAGACUUCCUAGCGAAUCAUCCAGUCCCAUCAGAUUGGAAAUUGUGCGAGGACUUGCCUGAUGAAGAAGUAUUCUAUGUUGAAGUAAAGRAACCUUGGACCAUCUUCACACUUGGUGAAUUGUGUUCAAACAAUGCUGCUGAAUAUCAAGCGAUCAUCAUAGGACUUCAAAUUGCCAUAGAAAUCGGAAUAACAUACAUUGAGAUCUACGGCGACUCGAAGUUGAUAAUCAACCAACUUCUGCUGGAGUAUGAUGUGAAGCACGAAGACCUUCAGCCUUACUUCGUUUAUGCGAGACGACUACUAGAGAGGUUUGAUGGUGUAACACUAGAGCAUGUUCCUCGUUCGGAGAACAAAAAGGCAGAUGCCCUAGCAAAUUUGGCUACUGCUCUUACGGUUUUAGAAGAUGAGACGUUGCACAUUUCACUCCGCCAGAAAUGGGUCACCCCACCAAUUGAAAGUGAGCAUCAAGAAGCAAAUGCUAUAUCAGUUUGCAUUAUUGAAGAAGAAGAUUGGCGACAGUCCAUUCUAGAUUAUCUUCAACAUGGAAAGCUUCCAGUGGAUCUCCGACAUAAGACUGAAAUACGUAGAAGAGCUGCUCGAUUUAUCUACUACAAAGAUAMUUUGUACCGUCGUUCAUUUGAAGGCCUCUUCCUUCGAUGUUUGGGAAAGGAAGAAUCAGCUAAGGCAUUAGAAGAAGCACACUCGGGAGUUUGUGGUGCUCACCAAUCUGGACCAAARCUCCAUCUCYGAUUAAARAGAAUGGGUUAUUAUUGGCCCACAAUGGUUCAAGAUUCUAUGGAAUAUGCGAAGAAGUGUGAAGCUUGUCAGAUUCACGCUAAUUUCCUACAUGAGCCACCAGAGCCUCUACACCCCACAGUAGCUUCGUGGCCAUUCGAAUCUUGGGGACUCGAUCUUGUCGGUCCUAUAACACCCAAAUCUUCAGCUGGACAUUCUUACAUACUCGCAGCGACUGAUUAUUUUUCAAGGUGGGCUGAAGCGAUUACACUAAAAGAGGCAAAGAAAGAGAACAUUGUAAAUUUCGUUCGAACUCAUAUAAUUUUUCGGUACGGAAUACCUCAACGAAUUGUCACUGACAAUGGUAGACAAUUCUCCAAUAGUCUGAUGGACAAACUAUGUGAAAAGUUUAGCUUCAAGCAAUAUAAAUCGUCCAUGUAUAAUGCUGCAGCGAAUGGAUUGGCAGAAGCAUUCAACAAGACGUUAUGCAACUUAUUGAGGAAGGUGGUCUCCAAGACAAAAAGAGACUGGCAAGAAAAGAUCGGUGAAGUGUUAUGGCCUUAUCGAACUACUCAUCGUACUCCUAUAGGAGCUACGCCUUACUCUUUAGUUUAUGGUGUAGAAGCUAUCCUUCCAUUGGAGCGAGAAAUUCCAUCACUAAGAAUGACAGUGCUAGAAGGUUUAACCACUGAAGAUAAUGCAAAAUUACGCCUUCAAGAGUUAGAAGCACUUGACGAAAAGAGACUUGAUGCGCAGCAAACAUUGGAAUGCUAUCARGCUUGA